AUGUGCACUUGCGACGCUCGACCUGCUACUUGCGACGCUCGACCUGCUACUUGCGACGCUCGACCUGCUACUUGCGACGCUCGACCUGCUACUGCGAUGCUUUACCAGCUUAUUGCGACGCCCGACCUGAUACUUUCGACGCUAAAUGUGCUACUUGAGACGUUCGACCUGCUACGUGCUUCGCUCGACCUGCUAUUCGAGACGUUCGACCUGCUACUUGCGUCGUCUUCAGAGGCGACGCCCACAGCCACCACCCUCUCUGGAUGUGAGUUCAUCAGCAGGUUUGCAAGCUUGUUCUUGAUAUCUCCUUCUCGUUUGCCAUUGCUGCUGUCUUGUUUGCCAUUCUUUGUGCAUUCAUUAUGGCUCUUAAUCAUCGUGGGAUGCGUGGUGGGAUGCGUGGUGGGAUGCGUGGUGGGAUGCGUGGUGGGAUGCGUGGUGGGAUGCGUGGUGGGAUGCGUGGUGGGAUGCGUGGUGGGAUGCGUGGUGGGAUGCGUGGUGGGAUGCGUGGUGGGAUGCGUGGUGGGAUGCGUGGUGGGAUGCGUGGUGGGAUGCGUGGUGGGAUGCGUGGUGGGAUGCGUGGUGGGAUGCGUGGUGGGAUGCGUGGUGGUAUGCGUGGUGGUAUGCGUGGUGGUAUGCGUGGUGGUAUGCGUGGUGGGAUGCGUGGUGGGAUGCGUGGUGGGAUGCGUGGUGGGAUGCGUGGUGGGAUGCGUGGUGGGAUGCGUGGUGGGAUGCGUGGUGGGAUGCGUGGUGGGAUGCGUGGUGGGAUGCGUGGUGGGAUGCGUGGUGGGAUGCGUGGUGGGAUGCGUGGUGGGAUGCGUGGUGGGAUGCGUGGUGGGAUGCGUGGUGGGAUGCGUGGUGGGAUGCGUGGUGGGAUGCGUGGUGGGAUGCGUGGUGGGAUGCGUGGUGGGAUGCGUGGUGGGAUGCGUGGUGGGAUGCGUGGUGGGAUGCGUGGUGGGAUGCGUGGUGGGAUGCGUGGUGGGAUGCGUGGUGGGAUGCGUGGUGGGAUGCGUGGUGGGAUGCGUGGUGGGAUGCGUGGUGGGAUGCGUGGUGGGAUGCGUGGUGGGAUGCGUGGUGGGAUGCGUGGUGGGAUGCGUGGUGGGAUGCGUGGUGGGAUGCGUGGUGGGAUGCGUGGUGGGAUGCGUGGUGGGAUGCGUGGUGGGAUGCGUGGGUGGGAUGCGUGGUGGGAUGCGUGGUGGGAUGCGUGGUGGGAUGCGUGGUGGGAUGCGUGGUGGGAUGCGUGGUGGGAUGCGUGGUGGGAUGCGUGGUGGGAUGCGUGGUGGGAUGCGUGGUGGGAUGCGUGGUGGGAUGCGUGGUGGGAUGCGUGGUGGGAUGCGUGGUGGGAUGCGUGGUGGGAUGCGUGGUGGGAUGCGUGGUGGGAUGCGUGGUGGGAUGCGUGGUGGAUGCGUGGUGGGAUGCGUGGUGGGAUGCGUGGUGGGAUGCGUGGUGGGAUGCGUGGUGGGAUGCGUGGUGGGAUGCGUGGUGGGAUGCGUGGUGGGAUGCGUGGUGGGAUGCGUGGUGGGAUGCGUGGUGGGAUGCGUGGUGGGAUGCGUGGUGGGAUGCGUGGUGGGAUGCGUGGUGGGAUGCGUGGUGGGGAUGCGUGGUGGGAUGCGUGGUGGGAUGCGUGGUGGGAUGCGUGGUGGGAUGCGUGGUGGGAUGCGUGGUGGGAUGCGUGGUGGGAUGCGUGGUGGGAUGCGUGGUGGGAUGCGUGGUGGGAUGCGUGGUGGGAUGCGUGGUGGGAUGCGUGGUGGGAUGCGUGGUGGGAUGCGUGGUGGGAUGCGUGGUGGGAUGCGUGGUGGGAUGCGUGGUGGGAUGCGUGGUGGGAUGCGUGGUGGGAUGCGUGGUGGGAUGCGUGGUGGGAUGCGUGGUGGGAUGCGUGGUGGGAUGCGUGGUGGGAUGCGUGGUGGGAUGCGUGGUGGGAUGCGUGGUGGGAUGCGUGGUGGGAUGCGUGGUGGGAUGCGUGGUGGGAUGCGUGGUGGGAUGCGUGGUGGGAUGCGUGGUGGGAUGCGUGGUGGGAUGCGUGGUGGGAUGCGUGGUGGGAUGCGUGGUGGGAUGCGUGGUGGGAUGCGUGGUGGGAUGCGUGGUGGGAUGCGUGGUGGGAUGCGUGGUGGGAUGCGUGGUGGGAUGCGUGGUGGGAUGCGUGGUGGGAUGCGUGGUGGGAUGCGUGGUGGGAUGCGUGGUGGGAUGCGUGGUGGGAUGCGUGGUGGGAUGCGUGGUGGGAUGCGUGGUGGGAUGCGUGGUGGGAUGCGUGGUGGGAUGCGUGGUGGGAUGCGUGGUGGGAUGCGUGGUGGGAUGCGUGGUGGGAUGCGUGGUGGGAUGCGUGGUGGGAUGCGUGGUGGGAUGCGUGGUGGGAUGCGUGGUGGGAUGCGUGGUGGGAUGCGUGGUGGGAUGCGUGGUGGGAUGCGUGGUGGGAUGCGUGGUGGGAUGCGUGGUGGGAUGCGUGGUGGGAUGCGUGGUGGGAUGCGUGGUGGGAUGCGUGGUGGGAUGCGUGGUGGGAUGCGUGGUGGGAUGCGUGGUGGGAUGCGUGGUGGGAUGCGUGGUGGGAUGCGUGGUGGGAUGCGUGGUGGGAUGCGUGGUGGGAUGCGUGGUGGGAUGCGUGGUGGGAUGCGUGGUGGGAUGCGUGGUGGGAUGCGUGGUGGAUGCGUGGUGGGAUGCGUGGUGGGAUGCGUGGUGGGAUGCGUGGUGGGAUGCGUGGUGGGAUGCGUGGUGGGAUGCGUGGUGGGAUGCGUGGUGGGAUGCGUGGUGGGAUGCGUGGUGGGAUGCGUGGUGGGAUGCGUGGUGGGAUGCGUGGUGGGAUGCGUGGUGGGAUGCGUGGUGGCACGUGGACGGCGCACAUGCAAGGGGAGGAUGUACCUGAUUCUACAGACAAUACAGUACAGCACUGUUGUAGUAGUUGCAGUACCUGAUUCUACAGUCAAAACAGUACAGUACUGUUGUAGUAGUGGCAGUACCUGA